UUAAUCGUUUAAUUCAUUAACCUCUAUCUGCGGUUUCUAUAGCCGUUUUCUACUGCAGUAACUGAGCAUGCGCACAACUGAAAAUAUUUGUCCAGGCAGUUUACACCCCUUACAUCGAUGGUGUAUACACGACCAGCCGCUAGCAGCAAGAGCCAUUUCACGGAGUGGUAAAGGUUAGCUUAAAAAAAACAAAACAAAAACACUCGUGUCCACACAGGUGCAAGUGUUAGUGUGCUGUAGUAAAGAGGGAUCCACAAUGUUGAACCCGACCAAUGGCGACCCAGGCCACAUUGUUGUUAAUUAUGUUGAAGAGUAUUUGGACCUGGUGGAGUCACUACCUUUUGACCUACAGAGGAGUGUCUCUCUCAUGAAGGAAAUUGAUGCCAAGUAUCAAGAUGUUCUGAAAGAACUUGAAGAUGCUUAUGAACGGUAUCGCCGGGAAACUGACUCACUUCAGAGGCGAAAGCUUCAGUUAUCGAUUCACAGGGCAUUGAUCCGCAGUCAAGAGCUGGGAGAUGAAAAGAUCCAGAUUGUUGGCCAAAUGGUGGAGUUGGUUGAAAACCGAACACGACAAAUAGACUGGCAUUCUGAACUUCUCCUCUCCUCACAAGAAGUCCCUGAAAGUCACAUUCCCAUAGCAACAUCCAUGGCAACUAGUGCAGCAUCUAUGAUGUCUCCAUCAAUAGCCACCACCACUCCAGGCAAACCUGGCCACCAUGACAAGAAGCGAGAUGAGGUUAUCUCUAGCUCAGGUGGUGGAGACAAGACUGGAGGUAAACGCUCGAGGCGUCAGAAGAAUGGAGAAAAUCGGGAAACUUACGGGGCCCUGGAUCACACUGAAGAAGGGGGAUUAUCCCGUGAAAAACGUGCCAAGACAUCUUCUAAAAAGAAGAAACGGUCAAAAGCAAAGUCUGAAAGAGAAGUGUCGCCUCCAGAUCUGCCCAUUGAUCCAGAUGAGCCAACAUACUGCCUGUGUGAGCAGGUGUCCUAUGGCGAGAUGAUUGGCUGUGAUAACGAUGAAUGCCCCAUUGAAUGGUUUCAUUUCUCCUGUGUUGGGCUCCAUCACAAGCCCAAGGGAAAGUGGUACUGCCCCAAGUGUAGGGGUGAGAAUGAGAAGACCAUGGACAAAGCCUUAGAGAGGGCCAAGAAGGAGAGGGCAUACAACAGGUAGCUCACUGAGCAGCCAAAUGGACACUACUGUGCAAAAAAUGAAUCGUUUCUUCUUCCCUUUACUGUUAAAUCUGUUUUAAAAGUAGCAAUGAAGUGACAUCUUGUAGUUAUUUUUGUAACUGCUGCAUAGCUGACAAACCCUCUUAUUUGGGGAUAUGUAUAAAGGCUGGACAGUAUAGUACAACCUGCAUGUUUGUAAACAGCUCUCCUGCACUUACAUCCCUUUUGUUUUCAUCAUGUGCUCACUUAAAUAAAAUAUUUCUGAACAAA